GAUCUAACUAUUCGGACUUAAUUUUUGAGCUAACAUAAUUUCAUUGUAUAUAUCGAUUUCUUGGUUCGUAUCAUAGAAAAUUAAUUGAAGUGUCGUUUUUAGUUAUCGAAUAAAAUAGAAACCGCAGAUAUACAGUGAUAGAUAACAUUCAUGGUCCUUUCGUUUGAUAAGUCUCCUGGUUGUUUAUAGAAAAAGACUUUUUGUUCCGUAAAUACAGUGUUUUGGGAAGAUCCACUGUUUGCAGUCAGGAAGAUACAGCUGAGAAUUUUUGAAAUAGUUGUUUUUUUCUUGAAAUUUCUCAUUUAAUUUUAUCAAGGGCAUCUAUAGAACAAGCUUUUGAAACAAGUUGUUUUUCAGCAGGCAUAACACAUCAAGCAAGCCUACAGCGAAAUGAAAAAUAAUUAAAACCUUUCCAAUAGUUUUUACAGAUGAGUAAAUUCAAUCAUUUUGUAGAUGUUAUGUUCAUUGUGACUUUUGCUUUUUUACAUGGAUCAACCGGCUUUCAAAAACGACGACGAAUCUGUUAGUUUUACCGAUCAAGCGUCUUUUGAAACCUUUCUUAUUCAGUUUACAGCUUCCAGUCCUGGUGCUUACAGAGUCAAUCAAAAUGGUGCUGAGAAUGUUUGUGCGGAGUCUAAUAAGGUCCCAGAACCAACAUCGCCAGACCAAAAUUAUGGAGCGGACGAAUGGGAAAGUUUUUUAGCAGGGAUUAUUGCACAAAGCCCAGUUGAGGCAAACCGUAAUAUAGCUCACGCACCCACUUCAUCGACAGUAGAAUCAUGCAAAUCUCCUACAAACGAUCUUUUCGAGACAUUUGCAGCUGGAAGCGCGGGUAAUGAAGGUAUUGUAAAUAUGACUUCAGCAACAGUAAAAACUCAGAAUUCCGCCGUAGAUUUAGGAUCCGGUGACGGAAAUGUGGGUUUCAAUGAAUUGCUUUCUAUGCUAAAUGAUUUUGAGUCCAAAGCAGCGGAGACACCUUCGUUGAAAAGUCAACUGUCAGAUUUCGAAGGUUCAACAAAUCAAUUGUCGGAAUUCAAUUUUACUUUAUUGAAGGAAGAAGAAAUUAAAUCGCCUUUAGAAUGUUUAGAAAAUUCUCCAAGUGCUAUAUCUCCUCUAAGUCCAGGAAGUGAAAUUGGAAACAAUGUUUGCUUAUCGUCUCGAAAGAUUAAAAGAAUAAAGCCAACCGGAAAUAAGGUGCCACUAAAUUCAGAGGUCAACCCAUUGUCUGAAUCACUUACUUCUUUAGAGAUAUCUACUAGUAGCCGGCCUGGGAUUUUAGACGUUGCUGUCGAUCUAAACGAAAAUAUUCUUAAAGUUGUGGCGCCGUUACAAGCUAAAGAUCCUGCAUUAAGUUUGAAGUCGCCAAUUGAGACAAGACCAGCGUUUGAAAGUUCAAAUGGAAUGACAGCAGAGAAGGUGAUUCCUGUCAAUCCUGUCCAGAGCCGAAGAGUACGUGGGAAAACGAAGCAAAAACCAGUCGAGGCCACCAAAAAAAUUUCUAAGCUGUAUUCAAGAGAUGCACUCAUUAAAAUUGCGACGGAUAACCAGAACUCCUCGAAAUGCACGAUUCAUGCUCCGUCAUUUGAUUUUCUGACGUCAGAUUUAGUGGAGGAACUCGAAGCUGGUUUGGAGGUUGAGUGGAAUUUAAGACCAAUCACAGUCUUAGAACAAGAGUUCAAACCGUGGCCAGAGAGGAAGCAACAUCCGCGACCGGUUGAUGACUACUCAAUGAACAACCGAGCCUACUUACAGCGACCAUAAACAUUCUACUGUAAAUUUAGGUAUAAAGAAACUUGUAUUUCAGUUGAUUUUACAAUAAUGUAAAAUUGUAAAUUACUUUUCUGUUAAUACAGAUUAUUGGCAUUGCUUUCUCAAUUGAAAAGAAAAAA